CACUCAUCCGUCUCUCUCCUGAUUCUCAGCUUGUAUCUCUCAACAGCGUAGAGGCAGAGAUAAAGAUGUCCUGGACGUACGCAGCUCUCCUGGCCCUCCUCACUGUGCUGCUUGCACUUUCCUUGCCUCCAGAGGCCGACUCUGCCGCUGUGCCCAGCAGCACAGGCUCGGCCAAAGACCCUAAAGGCCCGCUGAGGAGGAUCUUCAUGAAGGAGGAGGACGCCUCAAGCUUCUUCAGAAAGCGCAGCCGGCGAGGCGUGAAGUCUCAGGACGAGAUCAACGCCGAGCAGAGGCAGGUCCUGGCUGCAGACGAACGAAAACGGGAGUUUCACGAGGAGAAGAGAAAUGAAUUCGAAAACUACGCUGAAGAGGAGCAUGAUGAGCAGGACGAGCGGACCCGAGAGAGCACCGAGCAGUGGAGGGAGUUCCACUACGACGGGAUGCAUCCUCCACACGAGUACAACCGCCACUCGAUCUGAGGCCGCAGCGAACAAACCUUUCACCUUUCUAUCUUUUAUACUUUAACUACAAUCUUUAAUCUCUGUUGUUCUAAUCUGUUGUCCCUGAGAGGUUUUAACUGGUAAAUAAAUUUAAACCAGUAGCUGUUUAAGCCCAAUAAAGGAAUCAAGAGGAAAAACCGGGGAAUUGAACCAUCAUUUUAACACUUUUGGUUCUGUUGACUUUGACUUUACUGUUUUCUCUGUUCAUUUAUAUUCAAGAUACAACUUUUGGAAACCAUUUUGUCAAGAAGCUGUUUGAAAAGUGUCCAAGUUCACCAUUUCAAUAGAGGGGGUGUUAUUUUUCUACGUGUAAAUAUAUUCAUAAAUUAGCUACAGAGGUAAUGUAUACAUACUAACUCGAUAUUUAACCCUCGCUCAAGAAGCAACACAUGCAAAGAAGCAUGUUAUUCUAAUGCAAG